AUGCUGUUUUUGGAGAAGACCGCAACCCAACAGCGGCAAGAGUGGGUUUUUCUCUCGUUUAUGUUUUUGGAACAAAACAUUUCUUGGGGUAAGGAUAGGAAGAGCUACUUUUGGGCUGAGUGGAGAAGUGGAGGGAAAGAGCUGCACUCAAUUUACAACCGGUCGCUCGUUCUAUCUCUCUUCUCACUCUCUCUCUUCUAUCUCUAGAAAAUUAUCUCGCUACUAGCCAACAGAAGCUAUCUUCUACCCUCUCUCCCCCCCCCCCCCCCCUCUCUCUCUCUCUCUCUCUCUCUCUCUCUCUCUCUCCCCCUCUCUAUCCCUGCCAAACCACUGUCUCUAGCUGUCUGUACUGUAGAUGCCUGUCUCCUCUCCAGAAAUAACGUCCAUACUAGUGAUCAGCCUGACCCCAUCUACCCCUCAACCUGACCCAUCUAUCCCUCUAAUCUGGCCCCAUCUACCCCUUCGCCCUCAGUCAGAGCCUUGCAGCCUAACCCAAAAUGACCGCAUCUACCCCCUCCUCGACUCUCCUCCCCUCCCAAGGUCACAGGGUCGAGCGGGGUUACGACCUCAUACCCCAGGCUACUGUUGUAUCAGCCCUUAGACCAAACACAAUUACCCAGCAGUAACCAGGCGGGCCCAGAGGCAGUACAGCCUGUUCUGUACCCAGCAGUCAGCCAGUCAGUCAGUGUGGGAACUGGAGCAGUCCAGCAGCAACAGGCCUAUUAUCAUUGUGAGGGCCAAAAUCAUCUGGCUCAGCCUGAACCUACCAGCAUCAUAGCUUGCUAUUCCAGUUGGAGUUUGUUUUUGCGGGCUGGGUGAGGAGGCAGAGAGUCCUCCUCGGUGCCCUGCCAUGGUUUAAACAUGAGUAGUGUGAAAGGCAAUCGCUCUCCAGAGUGCUGCUAUUGUUCACGGGGCCAGAGUGAUACAUCUCCCAGCUCUCACAGAGCUCUCACCCUCCACACAGUACGUGUGUGAGAGGUCUCAAACCGCAUGGCUGCAUAGAAUCACGGCCAAUGAAAGCUUUCAACACCCUGCUCUCACACCAAACGAGAGCUCUGUAACAAUUAAACUGCCACAGAAUAAUGUGUGAUAUCCUAUAGAGAAACCAGCUAUGUUUAUUGUAUGAGGCCAUUCCAAGUCUCCUUUUCUACUGAAUUUGUCCUUGAAUAGGUGUUUUCUCAUAUUCUAUAAUAACUCCUAUAUUCCAUGUGUUGUAAUGCCCCUGUGUCCCCUCUCUUUCCCUGUCUCUGUGCAGUGUUGUUGUACCAUAUUUUUUAAUGUCUUCCUGCCUGUCGCUCUCUCUCUCUCUCUCUCUCUCACUCUCUCUGCAGUGUUGAGUCUGUGAGUGACGGUCUGUUCCACACGGUGGAGCUCCUGAUUCAGAACCACUCUCUGAGCCUGGUGGUGGACAAGGGAGCCCCCAAGAGCCUGGGCAAGCUGCCCCGCCAGCCCUCAGUCGACUACAACACACAGCUCUACAUAGGAGGUAAGUAGAGACCCAUAUAGCACAUAUACCUGUACACGCCAUUACAUUAUUUAUAAAAACACCACCGCGCAUACCUACUGAUUUUGAGGAUGCUUAAAGAUGUUGUUUCAUAAGCCUAUUUUUUUGUAAUUUAAAUUUCACAAAAUGUCAGAACAUCAAACCAGAAUGUCAGAAUGAUCUAACCCCUUCAUUCUUCCAUCCCUCCUCCACCUCCUCCUCCCCUCCAGGUGUGCCCUCAGCGGUAAUGGCGUCCGGCCUGCGUUCAGGUCCCGACCGCAGCCCCCAGGCCUUCAACGGCUGCAUCCACAACGUCAGGAUCAACGGAGAGCUCCAGGAUCUGGGGGCAGCGCCGCGUGGGAUGGAAGGCAUCCUGCCAGGCUGCCACUCUUGCAGCGUGUGUGCCCAGGGCGCCUGCAGACAGAGGGGGGAGACGGGUGUGUCCUGUGAGUGCCCACCCAGCCGCAGCGGACCCCUCUGUGACCAGAAGACCGCCCCUAGCCCCUGUCAGAGCAGCAGGUAUGGCCUACACAGGACACCUCCAUAUAAGCCUUUAGUCAUAACUCAUUCAUAAUGAAUUAAUCAUUGCUUGAGGCAUUAUCCUCAUCAGUACAUUCACACAGAUACAAAUGGACUCAUACUUUUACACUUUCUCAUGUUUAAUAAUAUUAUAAAAUAUGAAUAAUAUGUACUCAACAUGUGGAUACAUUUUACACACAUUAACAUUCCUCAUAUUAUCGAAAUCUCUUUGUUCCAGGUGUGUCCAUGGGCUUUGUGUGCCUAAGGCGUCGUCCUACAUUUGUCAUUGUGCUGAGGGCUACACAGGGCAGUACUGUGACAGGAGAGAGGAGCCCCAAGCUUGUAGGGGACACCAGUGUGGACACGGGGAGUGUAGGGUCACAGAUAGCGGGGAGCCCUCCUGCCAUUGCCAGCCGGGCUACACUGGCCCUACCUGUGACGCAGGUGAGAGGAACACACACACACAGAAACUGUCAUGCUGAUGUAUGGACAUUUUAUUGUAUACAGAAACUUGAUUCUCAGAGGUCCAUAGGAAUUAUAUGCAAUUCUUCAGUUAGGCUAUCUAAAAUAAAACCAUGAAUAAAAUCAGAUGUUAUAGUGACACUGAACCGUUCUGAUUGCCCCCCUCACAGAACCGGCGUGCCAGGGAGAGGUGGUGCGUGAGCUGCUGAAGCGCCACCAGCCCAUGAAGACAUGCACCUCCACCAGUAAGAUCCCACGGGUGGAGUGUCCCCGCGCCUGUGACGGAGGCUUCUGCUGCGCCCCAUCCAAGAGCCGGAGGCGGAAAGUGGUCUUCAAGUGUACCGACGGGACCUCGUACUCUGAGGACAUGGAGACCACCCUGGAGUGUGGCUGUGCCAAGUGCCCGUUAUAA